AUGGACGUGGAGGUUUUGGGAGCACAUGCCAGCCGGCUGGUUGCUCGCGCCGGUGGUCUACACCCUCCACCGGAAGUCCUCCUCAGUUGGCCUAAACCAAAUUAUGUCGAUCCAGAGGAAAGAGGUUGGGGAACACCAAUCGUGCUGAUGGUAUUCUUGGGUAUAUCAUUCCUUGUGUACUGUGCGCGGAUGUGGGCAAGACUGGCCAUAUCAAAGAACACUGGAUUGGACGAUAUCCUUGUAAGCAUAGCGAUACUGCCGCUGUUCGGUUUGACCAUAUCUACUGUACUUGGCAUUCGCAUUUAUGGUUAUCAAUGGCAUGUCUGGGACCAAACCAGAGAGACUCUAGUCACAACGCGAGAAAUCGCCAUGGCAAUCGAACUCAACUACAUGUUAUCAACGACGUUGGUUAAAGUGUCAAUCCUCUGUUUUUACCGACGUAUUGGCGACCGUCUUACAAACCACUUCAUCUAUUGGGUCUAUGGUACUAUCGUCUUCUGCAUCGUCUACGGAAUCGUCUUUACCUUCGCCAUCGUCUUCACGUGCACACCCGUUGUAGGAUUUUUCCGCCUCUUCGACAUAGCCUGGAGACUGCAAAACGAACUGACGUGCCGCAAUGAGGGCGCCUUAAUAGUUGCAUGCGCGGCCGUCUCGUCCGUCCAAGACUUCCUUAUUUGUAUGCUGCCAGUGCUUCUGAUCUGGAACUUGAAGAUCAGUAAAAGGCAGAAAACGGGAUUGUGUGCUAUCUUUGGCGUGGGGCUCAUCACAUGUAUCUGUGGUAUCCUGCGCACGUUCUACGCCACAAAACUUUACUUUUGUAAGACUUCCAUCCACCAGCAUCGCGAAUCAAGCAGAACUGACUUUGAUGAUCUAGUUACCUACGACAUUACCUGGGCAGCAUACUCCGGCUGGGUAUGGACGACACUCGAAGCCCAAUUGGCCGUCAUAUGCGCCUCUGCACCGUCACUCAAAGUCUUCUUCAACCGCUACUUCGGCACGUACACCACGCGCGCUGGGUACUCUCAAACCGGAACGCCGAACAAGACCUCUGGUCCGUUAUCACAUACGAAAUCGCUUGAUUUCAAUACAAAAGUAUCCCAGCACUCGGUACAGCGAUCGCAAUGCACUGCUGGCUCGAUUCGUGGGGACGUUCCGUUGGAGGGCAUUCAUAUCAAUCGCAAGUUGGAUGUCAAGGUCGAAGAGAGGGAUGAUUGCAGUCAAGUGAGCUUCGCCAGUACGAAGGGACUUACCGCGCUACCAAUGCCGACGCAGCCAGGCUGGCGAGGGAGGAGCGAUUGGGUCGAUGGCUGCAGGGCGGUUUGCGCAGCGCUCCGGCCGGAGAGCAGAGGCACAUCGGAGAAUCGUAGUCGGACCCGGGAGGAUGAUGUUGAAGCUGGUCGCGCAUUCUAA